AACAACCAAGCUUACCGGCCAGUGCUGGUGAUUGCAUAUCCAGUUUUGUGCAAAUCUCGUGCAAGAGCAAAACAAUCGGAUAUGUAAGUUUUCCCGAAAAAAGCGCACCUAUCACCAUGGAGUACUGUUUGUUGGAUAUUGGCGUACGCAGAAUCACGCCGUUGGACGAAAACAUUCCAUUCUUCGUAUCUCCUUCAAGCAGCAGCAGCGGUGAACCUUCGACAUCGACGAAUCCACCAUCGGUGCAGCGAUUCAACCAUGAGCACCAGAUUUACACCCAGCUCGAUCCGGAACUGAACCUAAAACAGAUGCUCCGUGAUGUUCGUCGCGUGCCAGAAUUUGAACUGCGCGAAAGAACCGAUGCUUACGAUGCCACUGCAGUUGUUCUCGGCAUUUUCCUACGGAUACUUGAUCCAAACGAACCCAUCGACUAUAGCUGCAGGAACCAAAGGCAACGAUUGAUUGCCCUGCUGUUCGAGGAAAUUGAACGGCGCUCCUUUGUAGAGGAGGAACUGGAGCAAAUGUCCUCACCAGCCUUGCCGGACAACGACGGUAAAGCUAUCUCGGUACAACAGUUUUACGAUCAAUUACGAUCGUGUCGUCAGGCACGAUCGGUUGCCCAUGACCCAUCCACGGUGGCCGACUCUUCCGUGCAGCAUCCUUACCUACGGCCACUGCUGAGAACGUACCAGCAGCAAGCCAUCCGUUGGAUGGUUCAUCGCGAAACCGUUCAGGAAACACUGCCAGCCCAAUACGUCCGGCUUCGGAAUCGUUCCAUACCGGAGGUGGACUUUUUUAUGGAUCUUUACAGCUGCACGCUCAGUGACCAGGAACCGAAGCCGACCCCACUGCCUGCCGGUGGCAUUCUUGCCGAUGAGAUGGGCAUGGGAAAAACGGUAGAAAUACUUGGUUUGCUGCUCCUGAACAAGCGAAACGACUCUGCGAUGGAAACGGAACGAGCGGAAUCGCCGGAAUAUGACGAUGAGGACGAUGAGGACGAUGACGAUUGCGCCGAACUCAAAUGUCUGUGCAUAAAAACGCAUCGGAAGAAUACGAUCGCCUGUACCAAGUGCGGCCGAUUACAGCACCGUACGUGUGUUCUCAAACAUUACGAGCCCGAUCACAACAGAACCACACGCCGCCGGUACAUCUGCCCGGAGUGUUGGCGCUCGGAACCGCUGCUCGAGUCCGGUGCCACUAUAAUCGUUUCGCCCGCCUCGAUAAAGCACCAGUGGGAGAGUGAAAUUCGCAAGCACGUGUCUGACCCCAGCUUCCGGGUGUUUGUGUACAACGGCGUAAUGGACACGUUUGGCAAGUGGAUCAGUCCGGCCGAUCUCGCCUCGUACGAUGUGGUGCUGACGGACUACAACGUGCUCAGGCCGGAGAUUUUUCUCAUCGCGGAAAACGCACGCACGUCCCGGCACGAGAAGCGGUUCCUAGUGCCGGCCACACCGCUCACGAUGAUCCGCUGGUGGCGCGUGUGUCUCGACGAAGCCCAAAUGGUCGAGCGAGUGAACAAUAAUGCGACAAAGAUGGUAAAAGCGCUCCCAGCGGUACAUCGCUGGACGGUGACCGGUACACCGAUCGAGAAGACGAUCAACAACCUGCACGGCCUGGUGCACUAUCUCGAUUACGACCCGUACAGCUACUUCCCGGUGUGGUCACAGUACGCGUCACGGUUUCAGGCCGGUAAUGCGGGCCCACUGCUGCGGAUGAUGGUACGCGUGAUGUGGAGGACGUGCAAGCAUGCCGUGCUCGACCAGCUGGGCAUUCCACCGCAAACGGAGCGCAUCCACUACAUCCGGAUGUCGGAUCUGCAAAGCUACUUCUACCGAGGCGAACAUUUCCAGUGCGCUCAGGCCUUUCGGGAAAAGGCACGCAAAAUUGGGCUUUCCCUGCGGAUGGCGCAAAUGAACAUACAGACGCUGAACCUGCUGCUCGAACCGCUCCGCAAGCUGCGAUUGGACUGCACCAUCCCGUCCGUUUUGCACGUCGGAGCAACGACACUGCACGCGAAGAAGCUGCUAACACCUGCCGAACUGCACGAGCAUCUCGUCACGACGAACGUGAACGACUGUAAAGGACAGCUCCGUUCCGUUGUGUCCUCGCUGAACGGAAUGGCAGCGGUGCACAUCCUGCAGCAGAGUUACAGCCAAGCCGUCCGGCUCUAUCAAGCAAGUUUGCGCUGGGCGGACGACUACCAAGGCACGAUAAGCGUCGAUACGCUGCUACAGAUACACGCCAUACACAACCUGCUCGAUCUGUUGCGUUCGUACGAGGCGCAACUCGAACCAACCGUUAAACCGACGCCGGAACAGGUGCACGCCUACCAGGAACGCUGUGCCCGUCUCGAAUGGCGCUACAUCGAGCAGUACGCCAGCAAGGUCCGCUCGAUCGAGAACGCUCUGCUGCCAGCGAUUGCCAAGGUGAGCGAGCUGAUUGCACCCGAAACGGGUCAACCUUUGAUACGCCUCGAUCGAGCCUGGUGGCACGGCCUGUUCACUUUCCUCGAAAGCAACAGCCAGCGUCACGUUACGUUCCAGUACCGUUUGUUCCGGGAGCAAAACUUGCUGGAGAAUACGGGCGUAAGCUCGUGGCGCUCGAUGGAUCUUUGGUUGGUGAACUGGAUGGACAAGAUGGUGGAACGCCGACGGGCGCUUAAGCAAGGCUUCCAAUCGUUGGCAUUUUUUGUGAAAAAUCUGCAACCAAAUCACCUCUGGUCGGAGAGCACGCGCGCGAGCAUCGAGCAGCUAGUGCGGACCGCCUUUGCCUGCCAUCUCGAUCCGGAACUGUUCCAAGAGGAUGAGAACGGAAUGCGAACGGAGGAGCGGUUGGUCGCGGAGGGACAAGCAGCUGCCCCGCUUUGCUUGCUCUGCGAGGUUAAGGCCACACUGAACCAGCUGGAAGCGGUACUGUUUCUGAUCAAACAGACGCAAGUGGCAACGGGAGGAUUGUGGCAGGUUUCGCCCCAGGAACAAGUGCUAAAGCAGCUGCAUCAGUACGCCAAACGGCAGGAAACACUUGAACAGGCGAUCGUCACGGAAGGUGAUCAUUUCCUAUCGUUCUUGGAGCGGAUUAAGGUGGAGUUUAAGGAGUACUCGCAGUAUUGGGUAGAGAUUAACUACACCGUGGCUGCGUACGAUGAGUUGACCAUGUGCAAGUCACGCCUACAGCUACUGACCAAAGCGGAGCACGAUGAGAUGCAGCGUGCGAAGAGGAAACCGACCCCGAUGCAGCUGCUCGACUGUGAGCUUCCCGAUCAGCUGGCGGAAAUGCAGCUCACGAAGGCCACUGCCGAGCGUGAAUUUAUAAGACUAAAAGGAACACUCAAGUAUCUGGAACAUCUCGGCGCGAGGAAGGAGAUCGAUCCCUGUCCGAUUUGCCAGAUCGUCCCGGAAGGAAAGUAUGCCGUGCUGCAGUGUGGCCAUCAUCUGUGUAGCGUUUGUUCGUUGAAGAUGAUCAAGUUUGCCCGAGCGAGCGGCAAUACAACGUCCUGCGCGAUCUGUCGACAGGAGCAGCACGUGAAAGACGUGCAGUACGUAACGCUGAAUCAAAACACAAACGUGCAAACCGUACGGGGAAGCUACUCGAACAAGAUCCUAAAAAUCGUCGAAACAGUGCUCGAGCUGAUGGCAGAGGAGCGGGACGUGAAGAUCGUCAUCUUUUCCCACUGGGAACCGAUCCUUAACGAGCUUGGUGUGGCGCUGGAUGAAAACGACAUCAAGUAUCGCCAAAAGUCGGCCAAAUUCUACAAAAGUGUGGAGGAGUUUAAGGAUUAUGCGCAGGGGAUUACGUGCCUCUUGCUUCCGCUGCGGUUCGGUUCGAAGGGGUUGAACCUAACGGAAGCUACGCACGUGUUUUUGGUCGAGCCGAUUUUAAACCCGGGCGAGGAAAUGCAAGCGAUUGGGCGUGUGCAUCGCAUUGGCCAGACACGGCCAACGUUUGUGCAUCGGUUCAUCAUGCUCGAGACGAUCGAGGCAACGAUUCACGAAACCAUCCAGGGCGAUCGUAGUGGAAGGUGGCUUUCGAAGGACGUGACGGUGGAGCAGCUGGAACAGUUGUUCUGGCUGGAUGGCACCAACAGUGAUAUGAUUGUAUUGUAAAAAGCCGGCAGCAUUUUUUUCUCCUUAUAUUUCGCUACACACCCUAACGUAUGACCCGGUUAGCGAUAAUUAAAACCAUAAAUUGUAAACUUCUAUUUGCCUCUGGGUAUAUUUAGACCAUCAAACGAAGAGUAUAUUUAGUAGCAUUGAUCAGACAUACAUGAAUAGAAAACCGCUUUGUCUUACAUGAA